AUGGAGGAAGAAGAUAAAGAUAUUGAGAUAGGCGGCAUAGUCCUACCUCCAUCGCCAUUAUCUAGGACAAUUUUUAUGUCGAAUUCGGGUAAAUCAUUGUUAGUGUCAAGUCCUACCUCAAAUAAGAAGAAAAAAAAAUCCUCCGAUGAUUCAAUGAAAUCGUAUUCCUUGGGUUCAUAUUCCUUCAAUAACAUCUACCCAAAUCAAUCAUUUGACAUCGAUGAUGGUAACUCACCAUCAACCACCGGUAAAGCAUUGGUUGUCUCAAGCUCGGCAAAGUCUUUUGCAUUGUCGGACUCUUGCAAGUCACUAGCCCUCUCAGAGUCGGGAAAGCGAAUAGACCAAAAAAAGAAGUACGUUAAGCAGGUGACAGGGAAGCACAAGGACACAGAACUUCACUUGGCAGCCCAGAAGGGGGACAUAAAGGCGGUGAAGGAUAUUUUGGAGGAGAUUGAUGCUCAGAUGACAAGAACAACAAGUGGGGCUGAAUUCGAUAGCGAGUUGAUUGAGAUACGCUUAACCAUUGUAAAUGAAGUAAAUGAGCUCGGUGAGACACCAUUAUUUAGAGCUGCGGAAAAAGGCCACCUUGAUGUACUGCAGGCUCUUUUGCCUUAUACGACAUCUGAAGGAAUUUCUACCAAGAACCAAGUAGGGUUCACUGCAUUGCAUGUUGCCGCUAGCCAAGGUCAUGAAGCUAUUGUGCAGACAUUAUUAGAUCAAGAUCCAGAUUUAUGCAACACUAUGGGUCAAUCCAAUGUAACUCCUCUUAUAUCUGCAGCCAUUAGAGGUCAUCUAGGAGUUGUCAAAGUGUUGUUGUCACAAAAGUCUAACUUACUAGAGAUGCCUAAAUCAAAUGGGAAGAAUGCACUACAUUUAUCAGCUCGACAAGGGCAUGUAGACAUUGUGAGAGCAUUGUUGAAAGGUAAUCCACAACUAGCCAGAAGAACAGACAAGAAAGGUCAAACUGCACUUCAUAUGGCUGUGAAAGGUCAUAGUGCUCAAGUGGUUAGAUUGCUACUUCGAGCAGAUCCCUCCAUAAUCAUGCUUUUGGACAAAUUUGGAAAUGCUGCAUUACAUGUAGCAACUAGGAAAAAACGAGUAGAGAUAGUGAAUGAACUGCUCCUCCUCUCAGAAACUGAUGUGAAUGCAUUAACAAGAGAUCGCAAAACUGCGAUGGAUAUUGUAGAAGGGCUACCUCUCUCUAUAGAAAGUUCAGAGAUAAAGGGUUGUCUAAUGCGAUAUGGUGGGGUUAAAGCUGAUGACUUAAAUCAAUCACGAGAUGAGCUUCGAAAAACAGUGACUGAAAUCCAAAAGGAUGUUCACACUCAACUCGAACAAACUCGAAGGACAAAUCAAAAUGUAAAUGGGAUUGCAAAAGAAUUAAAAAAGUUACAUAGAGAAGGAAUUAACAAUGCUACAAAUUCAGUAACUGUGGUGGCUGUGUUGUUUGCAACUGUGGCCUUUGCUGCCAUUUUCACCGUUCCGGGUGGUGACUAUGAUUCUGGAGUAGCUGUGGUGGCUAGCAAUAUUUCAUUUAAAAUAUUCUUCAUCUUUAAUGCAAUCGCGCUCUUCACAUCCUUAUCUGUUGUGGUGGUUCAAAUAACAGUAGUCAGGGGCGAAACCAAAUCCGAAAGGAAAGUUAUUGAGGUAAUCAAUAAGUUAAUGUGGUUGGCUUCAGUCUGUACUAGUGUUUCAUUUAUCUCGUCAUCAUACAUUGUUGUAGGCCGACAUCACUCGUGGGCUGCCAUUUUUGUUACUGUAUUAGGAGCAGGUGUUAUGGCAGGAGUUCUUGGCACCAUGACAUAUUAUGUUGUAAAGUACAAAAAAAUUAGAAAAGUUAGAAAGAAAGAAAAAUCAUCUACAAAAAAAAGUCAUGCCCUUCAUGAUAUUGAUGUAUUCUCUGAAGAUUCAGCCGUCAAUGCAAUCUAUGCAAUUUGAUGUGUAACCAACUAAC